AUGAGCUCAAGGCAGUUAAGGAGAUUGGGAAACAAUGACUUAGAAGCUACUUUGGCUAAGUUGACGACUACUCCAAAACCCAAAAAACCCACCAAUAAGUCUUCAACCCCAGUUACAGCAAACGUGUUCUCACAACUCAACAUAGGGGAUGAAGAUACUGAUGAAGAAGACCGUGAACAUCCUUUAACCGAGUUUGAAGCUACUCAAAAGUCCAAAACAGUUGUUAAGCUAGCUACGAAAUCGCAGAAAAAGAAGUCCAAGAAAAAGCAAGGGCGGCAAAACGCCAUCGCCAAUGAAGGUGUUCACCCUACUAGUGAGCCUGAGGAAGAGCUGGACAAGAUUCUAAAAGAGUUCCAGCAAAAAGAUGUCAAUUUAUUGAAGCAAGGAAAUGAUUCAACAGGUUCUAGGGCUUCCACAGCAUCCCAGGUUAUUUCGAAAUGCGAUAUUAGUGAUAAAGAUGUCUCAUUUGAUGCAGGAUUUAAUGAAUUUAACGAUUUUACGUGUCUAGAUAGAGCUUUUGGGUGCAUUGAAUGGAAAGAUUUGUCCCCAGACAAUGAAUUUUCACUUCUUUUUGGAGAUAUUUCUCCUGAGUCCCUUAAUGAUGUAGAUUCGAUGACUUCUACCCAUACAUCACCACAAGCAUUAAAACAAAUUCAAAGGCUAAAGAAACUAGUGAGAAACUGGGGUGGAAGCGAUAGACGCAUGGUUCCUAAUGGUGGUACUGUUCGUCGUCUACAGUUCACUAAGAUAAGAGAUGACUGGUUGCCAACACAACGUGGUGAGCUUUUCAUGAAACCGUUAAAUGAAAGUGAUAUACUUAAGUGGGAACUAUGGAAAUGUCCAAUGGAUUGGAAGGAUGUAGUAGAGGCUAAUGUUGCGAAGUGGAAAAAGAAUAUCUCAUUCUUCAAAUUCGAACCAGCCAAUACGGCGAUGAGCAAGAAGAGCCUGACGGAAUUCUACCUAAACGUAAUUGUACACCCAGACCAUGAAGCUUUAAUUAACCUAAUAUCAGCAGUAUCUCCUUACAAUGUCCCCGCUUUGCUGCAAGUUGCACAAAUACUUGUCAGACAAGGUGAUAGUUCUAAUACUAAUGGUCUUGUGGAAAGAGCUCUUUUUGUUUUUGACCGAGCUUUAAGAAAUGGUACUCAAUUUGAUUCUAGACGUUGUCAAUUACCCUAUAUCUACUUUUACAACAGACAGUUCUACCUUGCUAUCUUUAGAUAUUUGCAAAUUAUGUCUCAAAGAGGUGCUUUACUGACAGCAAGCACUUGGACAAAAGUCCUAUGGUCACUGUCACCUUUUGAAGAUCCACUUGGCGUCAGGUACUUUGCAGACCAUUGUUUGUUACUAAACAAGGAAUACAGUUAUUUCAUUAGUCUUGAAUCGAGUGAGCUUGUUACUGCAUACCGUAAUUGGUACACGCUUGGUAUUGCAUUGGGAAUAACUUUAAGUUAUCUAAAAAUUGGUGAUAUAAAGAAUGCGAAAAAUGCUCUCAAAAGGGCAUUCACAUAUCAUUCAAAUGCAUUGGUGCUAAUUUUUACGGAGCUAUUAAAUGAUAGUAUGUCCGGAUUGGAAUCUUUGAAGAGCCCAAUAACGCCCGCAAUUGAAUUGGAAACUAAUGCAUAUAUGAUAAGGUUCAAAGCUAUCUGGCAGGAUAGUGAUGUGGACUGGUUACGCUGUGAAUUACAGACUUUAUUCAAGGACUACAAGUUGGGCAAAAUUACCCCGAUUCCACCAGCAGCUGUAAACCCUGAUUCACAAUUCUUUAUUGAUGGUAUUCCUAUAAACCUUUUAAGGUUUGUUGUUCUCUCGCAGGAGUCUUCUGUAAUGGCAAAGAUACCGCAAAAGAUAUGGACGAAUUAUGACGUUCACGAGUUUGAUGUGUUGCCAACUACCCAAAGCUCCACUAAAUUCGAUGAUGCUGUGGAAACAGUCCAUUCGAUGGUUGAUGAGAAAGAAUUAGGUUCUUUAAGAAUGGCAAUAGAAGAGGACGAAAUGUUAUUAAAUCAACUUCGGCAUAUGUCACUUGAACAAUAUCUACAGGACAAUCCAGAUGCCUUCAUUGAUUGA